AUGUCGCCAGACGCCCGAGCCCUGGAGGACCUGCUGUACGCCGGUGACCUUGGUGACGAGGGGGAGGGGGCGGGGCCAGGCAGCCGAGGCCCAGCGGGGACGGAGGAAAGUGCUGCUGCAGACAAUGAGCCAAUGACGUGUGCCGGCUGCGGCGAGCAGGUGUGCGACCGCUUCUUCCUAUUGGCUGCCGGCUGCGUGUGGCACGGUGUGUGCCUCCGCUGCAGCCAGUGUCACUGCGAGCUGCAGACGCACCCCUCGCUUUACUGGAGAGACGGACACAUCUACUGCCAGGAAGACUACUGCAGGAUGUUUGGCGGCGGUCAGUGCGCUCGCUGCUUCCAGCCAAUCCCAGCCUCCGCUUUGGUCAUGAGGUCUGGAGAUCUGACCUUCCACCCUCACUGCUUCUCCUGCCAGGAGUGUGAUGUGGCAUUAAUACCAGGGAACCUGUACUGCAUGCAGGGCCAGAACCUCUACUGUCAGUCCCAUUAUCAUGUUGACGAUCUCCAGCCUAAACCCGGUCUGAAAGAAGCUCUGAAUCAGGUCUCAGGUGAAGGGGAGGAGUCGGUCAGCAGUCCUGAGCCACGAUUGGACGACAGGGCGACAGGCGGGCGGAGCCGCAGGCGGUCCAAGCGAAUUAGGACGUGUUUCCGCAGCGAGCAGCUCAGAGCGCUGGAGUCGUAUUUCGCUCAGAAACACAACCCCGACGGUAAAGACUGGAACUGCCUCGCGCACAAGACCGGCCUGCCCAAGAGAGUCCUGCAGGUGUGGUUUCAAAACGCUCGGGCCAAACUGAGACGCUCCCUCACCGCCGAUGACUCUCAGGUCAAUUCGCCCUCCGCUCCCCAGGGAGGCGUAACCGUGGCGACUGGCUCCCCAUCCCCAUCCUGCUCCCCGGCCGACCAAUCACAGCCCUUCUCUUCUAACACCAGCACCAUCGACCAGCUGCAGCUCGCUCUGCUCACCGCCCCGCUCACCCCACCGCUGGCGAGCCCGGCCGCCAGCCAGUCGCUUCAGCUGCGAAGCCCCGCCUUCUUCCUGGACUACGACUCCCAGAGUGCACCAGGGUGCAUCUCCUCUCUGGAGGCCUUCGAGGACUUCGGAGAGCCAGGAGGAGGAGCGGAGGGAGAUGUUGAUUCUGAUAGUUCUUAUAGACCGCAUUACUGCUGA